UCGGGCACUUGCAGAUUUGUCAACAAACUAGGAAUUAGAAUUCACGAAAUCUUCCACAUUUCAACUACUUUAAAACUGUCAAAAACUUUUAAAGUAAUACAAAUUGUAUUUAUAAAUGAAUUGGAACAGUUACUUGUGCCAAACAUAUCCUUUUAAAGUUUAAUGGGGCGUUUCCAUUGUGCUGAAAGUGAAAUGUACUAAUAAAAGUUGACAUUUUCUACCUUUUAAGUAAAUACUGUUAAAUGGUGUUUAAGAUUGAUUGAGAAAAUAAAAGAGUGUACAGUUUCUCACCAGGAACAAUGAAGGACCCGUGAUAUUGAUAUGACUAAUUUAAAAAGCAUGUGUAUUUUAGUAGUAAAUACAAAAUAAUGAAAUAGUAUGCUGUCAAAGAAAAAAGAAUCAUCAUCAGGUAUCAAUGAUGGUAUUGCAGGGAAAUAUGUCAAAAGAGACACACCACCUAUGCUCAGAAAUUAUCACACACCUGUACGACAAACUGUUAGACGAAGUGUAAAAACUCCAGCGUUUUACGCUCCACAACAAGCAGCAACAAGUUUAAUAUCAUACAGACCUCCAAGUGUACAUACGCCACCGACAACCCAUGAUCUCCCUAACUUUCCACAAACUCAACGUCCAUCUAGAUUGCCUAGUCAAACAUUUGGUCAUCUUUCAACAGGUAUACAAAACCUAAACAUAUCGGAGAGGAAUGCUCAAACAGGAUCUAAUAGUUCAUUAGAGACUGGAUCAGAAAGUGGUCAGUCUUCAUCAUCUGGAUACCAAUCAGGAAACACUGGUGUCAGGAAGUUGUCUGGUAAUGUUCCAAAUUUGGGAACUGUUGGAGAAGAUUUUGAUGACAACUCAAAUUAUUACCAUGGUAACUUCAACACAGAGGCUUACAGCCAGUAUGAUGAGAAUUAUCAGAUACAACAACAUCACCAGGAGAUUAGAAAUCUGUACGCUCAGAAAAAUAUGUCAACUCAGCAGAAUUUAUACACAUCUGCACAGAGAGACAAUCCAAUUACAGUUACAUCAGCUUCAGGUGGAUUUUGUGGACAAGACAUGCUAUUACCUCAUGGAUGGACAAUUGACUGGACAGUCCGAGGUCGCAAAUAUUACAUUGACCACAACACUCACACCACACACUGGAGUCAUCCAUUAGAGAAAGAGAGUCUUCCUACUGGUUGGGAAAGGAUAGAAUCAAAAGAAUUUGGAGUGUAUUAUGUCAAUCAUAUAAAGAAAACAGCCCAGUAUCCUCAUCCAUGUGCACAAAGUAUACCAAAUAUGCUUAGUUUCCAACCUCAAUUACCAGGUGCAUUAGAGUAUAGACCAUCUAGACAGCCCAACGUUCUAGUCCCAGCGAACCCAUAUCUUAAUUCAGCAAUUCCUCAAUGGUUACAUGUAUACUCUAGAGGUGCUCCUGAACAUGAUCAUAAAUUAAAGUGGGAUUUAUUCCGUUUAAAUGAACUAGAACAUUUUGAUGCCUUGUUAGUACGAUUGAAUAGACAAGAUAUAGAAGACAUUGUCCUAAAAUAUGAGCAUUUUAGAUCGGCUUUGGUGAUAGAAAUGGAAAGACGCAGGCAGGAAAAAGAAAUUGAGAUGCUAAAACAAUCAGUUGAAAAUCCACAGCUCCCUGUAACAACAAUUGGGAAUAAACUGUUACCUUUCUCUAAAAUGAACAAUCCAAUGGGACAAAAUUUACCAAUAAAUCCUAUGGGGAACGAUCAGUUUCUGUCUCAAAAACCUGAAUCUAAACAAAUGUUGUACAUGCAAAGUCAUGUAAAUGAGCAACCUAAGCCGUCUGUGAUAUCUAAUGACCAUCCUCGUGUUGGACAACCACAGUUGAUAUACAGUCAGCCUACAGGAAUGUUCAGUCCCACCAGAAUCAUGGUCAACAGAGAUCUAGAACAAGAACAUCUAGAACUUCAACGAGAGAAACAACUACAGUCACAACAACAACAUAGAAUUCAACAACUUGAGCAACAGUAUCAGCAGCUUUUACAACAGUAUCAAGCUCAGCAUAAACAACCUUGGAUCUCGCCUACAACUGCUAAUGUCUCUGUUUAUUCACCUUCAAUUCAAUAUAGACAACCCAUGCAACAAGUUCAGCUAAGACAACCAGUAUCCCAGCCACAGUUACAGUCACAUAUGCUAAUGCAUAGGCCGCCACCUUCCCUUUCUCCUGCAAUGCAGGAUCAAACAGUUCAUGGCCAGCUGCAGCCUCAAUCUAUGCAAAUUAUGAGGCACCAGCAACCCCCUGUCCACAUCCAACAAGCCCAACCUGUGCAAUUCAUACAACAGCCAAUUCUUUCUCACCAUGGUCAAUCAACAACAUCUCAGCAACAGGCAAACUUAACACAGCAUAUUACACAAUCAGCUCCUCUGUCACAAGGAAACCCUAGUCAACUAAUCAACCAAUCAGCUCCUCAGUUACAAAAUUCUUCUCAACAUAUCAACCAAUCAACACAGCACUCUCAACAAAAUAUGCAUAUGAUACAGAGUGAACAGUCAGUAGUUACAAAUGCUCAGGGUCAACAGUCAAAUGCACAACAGACAUCCAGAGCAUUAACUCAAAAUAUUGAAACUAAAGUUUGAUAUAAGCACUAGUUUAAGUCGAGGGCAUUUACAAACUGAUUUUGCAUUUUACUUUGUUCUUUUAAUUAAAUAAAAUUAAUAUAUGGCAAUUCUGUUAAACAUUUGAUUGAAAACAGAAAUGUAUUUUGCAACUUCUAUAAUAUUCUAUGUCAGUUUUAAGAUUUGAACUAAAUUUAAUAAACCUGAAUCUUAAACCCUUUUUUUUAAUUUUAUUUGAUUAGCAUAUAUUUAUUUUUUAUUUGCUUAACAUUUGUUUAUGAAAUCUGUGUCUGCUGUUGAUCUCAAUUUAAAUGAUAUUUUGUACUUGAAACUGUUUUAUUUGUUUCUAUGGUUUUUGUUAUCUGUCUCAUUAUUUAAUAUAAUAGAACUAUUCCAGAACUUAAUGAGUACUGUUACUUAAAUCUGUUAGAGUUUGGUUUACCUAUUUUUUAAUCAUGCUUACUGAAAUCUUUCAUCAUGUCAGUUUCAGAUAUAUUUAUGCCAUGUUCUUAAGGUCUGUUCCAUGUACUAUAUACAGUACAGUACAUAUGGGGAUGGAUACAGAUUAUUUGAUAAAGUACUCAAAUCAAUUCUUCAACAUAGCAAGGCAAAUAGUUUUCAUCAUUUUCCCAACCAAAUUGGAAGGAAAAUUAUGUUUUUCAUGAAAACAAGUUAAUAUUAGAGGAAGGUGCACAUACAGCUCUGCAAUUUCCAUGGAAUGAACAUUUUAAAUGCUGCUAUUGUGUUGUAUGAAACUUUUCUCAGUAAAAAAUGUAAAACCAAAAAUUUCAAGUUAUUUCUAUGGACAUUUCUUUAUUAUAGACUAAAUUGAUCAAAAAAAAAGGAUAUUUGAGUGAUUGUUGUGUCCAUCUGUUUGUUGGUUAGUGUGUCAACACCUGUAUCCUUGACACCUCUGAAAACAGUGGUAGAAUUUCAAUGAUUUUUUUUUUUUAAAUUAUCAAAGAUUAUUUAGUAUCUAUUAGCAUUGUGUACCUUCAAUUUUUGUCUGGCCUUGACAGAGUCACUAUCAAAAUAACAAAAAGGCGAGACUUAUCUCUGUGUUAACAGUUUAUAUUUUUUCAUCCAAAUGACAUCUUGAAUUUCCCACAGUAAAAUAUAGACUUUGCCAUAUCUAUAUAAAAAAGGGGAGGGAGGUUGAGCUCUGGUCACAAUUUUUUCUACUUUACAUAAAAUAUGCCUUCCCUUUAUACCUCGUACUUAUAAAUGGAACAAACUAACAUUUAAUCAUUGAAAUGUCCAUGAAAUUCCUUAUUUUGAUGGUUUUCAUUCAUUCUCAUAAUUCAGCUUGGUGCUUUUUUGUUUACCUUUUUUUUGCACUGUUGCAAACUGGUUUAGAUGUGAAACAUAAUUGUGUGUGAAAUACUAUAUUUAUCUGAUAAAAAAACUUAUUUCAGUAAAUUUAUACUGUGAAUGCAUUAUUAUUCAGUGGAUACUAAUUUUCGUGGUAUUUGUGAGUAAAGUUGAACCACAAAUUUAAAUAUUUAACGAAUUACAAAUUUUCUAUAGGCUUGUAUGCAGACUUUGGUAAAACCACAAAAUCAAAUAUCUACGAAAAUACAUUUUUUCCUCAAUCUACAAAAAUUGGUAUCUACAAGAGUAAAUGAAUCUACAGUAGACAUUAAUAAUUUCCUUGCAACUUGUCAGUUUAAUAUGGAUUUUACCUAGAGAUAUUUAAAAAUUUUGAAGUUAUUCAAAUCAAGAUUGCUCAGAUUACUUUACAUUUGAUUGACUAAAGUUAUUUCAGAGCAAUUUUGGUUUCAACUCGUUUCUUUUAUGCAGAAUUGGCCAAUCACUGGAAAUUUAGCCACUAACAUAAGAUGAAUGAUAUAAAUAAAAUAUGUAUGAGUGACAUGGUGAAUUACUAUUUAGUUAUUUGUCAGUUGUUGACUCUUACCUUCAAAUUCCACAUAUAAAAUGUAUUCCAUUUAUGACAACGAAAUGAUUUGGAGUAUAUAAUCAAUAAAUUUUUUUCUGUUGGAUGCUAUAUGUUGAUGUCAUUUCAUGGAAAUGUAUUUAAGCUUUGGAGAAAGGCAAUUAUUUCGUCUUUGUAACCCAAGUUAUUUUCAUUAAUGCCACAGUUUUCAAAUGUAAAAAUAGGCAAUAAACUCAUGAUCAUCUACAAUUUACCAUUGUUUCAGUGGAGAAAAGAUUCUGAUGUUUGUUGAAAGUUUGCUUAUACAUGCAAAUUAGAUAAAUCAUAAUUUAUAAAUUUUUGGGAUGUUUCUAUCAUUGCGAAUAUUGCAACAGGAUUGGUUUUGCAAAAAUAAAAACUCUUUUUACAUUUGAUAGCAUUUGUAUGUUGCAAAAAGCACAGAGAAUAGCCUACACCAAGAUAACAAAUAUAUAUUAUAAUCUGUUCAUAUCAAAAUCCAUGGGUCCAUAAAGAAGUUUAUUAUCAAUCAACCUAGUGCUAAAUUUUGUUUGCCAUGGUAAACACAAUUUGUAAGUUAAUAAAUCUUUUGUAAAAUGAUUAUGUAGCUUGCUUUAUUUUGAUGCCUUUUGAGUGAAAAACUUGAUUACUUUUAAGCCUUUUUAUGUGUUAUUGAGAUGUGAUAAAAGACUAAAAAUAACAAAUUCAAAAUAGACUUUCAUGUGUAUUUUUAAGACAUUUGUAUAACAAUAUAUUGAUAAAAUUUGUACAAAUUGUGUAAAUAUUAGAUAAAUGUAUUUAUCAUUACAGCAAUAAAUUUUCCAUUCCCUA